AUGGAAGCUGAGACGAAGAAGGAGACUCUGGAGAAGAUCGACGCGUCUUUUGGUGAUAAGGUUAUUCUUCUUGAGGACCAGGGUGAAGAGCAAGGCGAGGGCGAACAGGAUGAGGAUGAGGAUGUGAAGAAAGUCAAGUCAAAUUCUCAGCGAAUUGAGGUGGCUGUGGCUGGAAGAGAUGAUUCUGUUUAA